GCAUAGGGGACAAGUAAGCAUACCGUAUUAGCUGAAGUUAAACAACAUCCUAGCUCCUGCUGCAAUCAAAGAUUUUACUCGUCAACGACUAAGUUACACCAAGAUCGCUGUUGACGCGCAAUGGCGACAUUACUAGGACGCGCAAGCAGCAAGUGUGCGUUGGUGAAGAGCGCGCCGGCGCCUUGCUUGCGCAGCUCUGGCCUGGCGCCGCGGCGGACCGUGCUCAUUCCUAGGCACGACGCUGUCCAGCAACCAAAGCAGCUACGUGCUCGUGUGCGCUCAACCACAAAUGAAGCGGCGACAACAGUUCCGCUGCCAGCCGAGGCGUACAAGAGCGCGGAUAGUGCUGCUGGCAGCAUCGACGGUGGCCUGCUGGAGCUCACAAAGGAUACCUUCUGGGAGUACCUGAAGCAGCAAGGGGACACCCUGGUCGUUGUGGACUUUUACACGGACUGGUGCGGCCCCUGCAAGCUGAUCUACCCGGAGCUGGUGAAGCUCUCUCACGAGCGGACCGACGUGCGGUUCGUCAAGGUCAACUGCAACAAGAGCAACAAGGAGCUGGGUAUGGGGCUGGGGAUCAAGGUGGCCCCGACCUUCCAGCUGUACCGCAACUCGGUAAAGGUUGCCGAGAUGACGGGCGCCAAGAUCGACAAGCUAACCGCCCUGGUUGACGAGCACCAACCGCCGGCAACCAACUAAGCACCGACAAGGCGCUUCGAGAGCUGCUGUCGUCCUGUCAGAAGAUAGUUCUCCUUCUGAUCUGCUUAGCGGUCUUGGGAAGCGGCUAUCGCGCAAAGGACUUGUGAUUUCGGCUUGAGUUGUGAGAAUCGGGUGGGAAACAACACCUAAGUCGCAAGCCAACUACUUGAAGGAAUAAAAGCUUUCUUGUCCUGCCUGGCAAUAUACAUGUUGCCACAUGUUGGCGCCUGGUCUUUUGUUGCUUGUGAGGUCUGGGUGGCUGGCUGGUUGUCACUAUCAGCAUAAGCACGAUGAUUAUUGCGUGUCAUGCUUGCUUGCUUGCUUGCUUGAGUUGCUGCUUCAAUAAUACAACCUGCAGCGCCGUCAGCACACCCCUGCUCCUCCUAGCGUCCCGUCCCUUUCUGACAGUUGUUUCAUGCCGCUUAUUUUGCUUGCGCGCCCUGAGGGAUUGUGAGCUGAGUGUGUUGUGUGAACUUUACUGGCGAUUGCAAGCUGGCAAGGGGUUCCGGGCUGUUGCACGGCUGUACGGCGCCUGGGUGUCGUGAUCGCAUCCCGUGGAUGAGACGUUUAACACAUGCGUAUCAAGCGUGUGUGCUGUUGAGGCGUGAGUUUGUUUGAAAAAGUGCUGAAGCAUGCGGUUGCUGAUAUCUUGGUUUUAAAACGGCUGCGGCUUACAAUUUUGAGUGUGCUGUUGUGUAAGCAACUGCUUUCGGACACAGGUAACGUAACCAAAUGAACCAUGGGUCAGUUACCCCAGAGAGUGUUGUGGAGUGUUCAGCCCCUGGAAGUGCAGUCGCUAGCUUCCUGACUUGUUCUCCAGAAAGAAAUAUGUAAUGGGCCGAUGCUUUCC